AUGGCUAAUAAAGUUCAGUUAGAAACAUUGUUUAAUAAAUUAUUAAAAUUGCCAGAUGAUACAGAAAUUUCAAAAAUAUUGAAGGAGAUUGAGGAUAAUGAUAACUAUAUAACUUCUAUACAACUUCAAACUCUCAUGAAUAUACAUGAUAAAAGUUUUAAAGAGAAAUAUCAUAACCAAUUGGAACAACUUUAUAAUAAAUAUAAGAAUAAGAAUUAUACUUCUGAUGCUGGUUUGCACAAUGAUGCUGCUAUAAUAGACCGAGAUAUACGUAUAUUGGAGGAAACUAUGAAAUUACUGAAAGAGAAUUCAUCAGAGCAUAAAAAACACAUACGAUCUAUUACUAAAAAUGGAAUAGCUAGUGAUUAG